AGCACAUGUACAGUGUUGACUUUGUCACUUUGUCACAAUCAGCUUUUCCAUACAAGCACUAUAACUUUCUCAGUAUUUUUACAAUAUUAUUCACAAUGGAAUUGAAUGUUCAAGAUCACUUCACCUGCAGAUGUCGCACAUUUAUAGCCAAUAACUUCCCUGACGAGUCUUCUUCCUCUGAUGACGAAUUGGAAAGCAACAAUAUUCAUCUCACUCCAUCGCUUGAAGAAAUGUAUGUUCAACAGGAGGUAGAGACUCCAGAGAUGAUGGAGCUGAUCGUAAAGUUCGAGAAGCUCACCAUUAAGGAGCCGGAACAGCCAUUAGAUCCGAUUCAAGCUAUACCAGAGGAAGAGAUUUGCAAUGGUGACCCUGAACCAGUUGUAUUACAAGAAAGUAUUGAUACAAAGUCAGAGAUAAAUGUAGCAACAGAAGAUCUCUAUGAAAACCCUGCCGACCCCGAUGUGUUAAUGGAAAACUCUAAAGAAAACUCAGACCAAUCAGAAGUAACAGCAGCAGAAGUCGUAAAGGAUGGCAACUACUUUCUUAAGAUCCUCAAAGACGAGCAAAAGCGAUUGUUAGAUUUGGCCAACACUGCUGACCACUAUGCAGCCGUCUUGGUUACCAGGAAAAAUCGUUGGGAAUAUGCUUUCGAAAAACUACGACUCUUCUCAGGCUUGGCCAAAUUGUUAGUGUCUUCCAAAAUGAACCAGUUUGAAGAAAUAUGCCUAAAAAAUAUUAACUCUUCACCAAAUGAAGACUUCCCAGUUACCAAUGACGACCUGCAUGGAUUUUGGGAUAUGAUAUAUCUGCAAAUUCCGGCAUUGGAUGCACAUUAUGCUGAAAUUGAAAAAAUUAGGGAUAACAAUUGGAAACCUCCAGCUACGGAUGCAGCUCAGGUACCUUCGACUUCGGGAAGGCAGCGGAAUACCAAUUUAAAAACCCGUGAAAAGCUGUGGCGCAACAACUAAACAUUAAGUUAUAUUAUAUAUUUUGUUUAUUCACAAGCACACUCAAAACAGAGAUACACUUGUUUAGUUCAGAGUCACCCAGAUAUCCCAAAAUUUCUUUUCAAAUCCAAUUUGUCUUGCAAUUGCUGAUCUAUAUAUCGCAUUUACUAAAUUUUAAUAUUUGUAACUAACAUUCAACUAUGAGUAACAAUUGACAACCCACAGAAAUACAAACAAUUGUUAAUAAAUUCACUGAUA